CCUCUCGCUCUCUUUCUUUCUCUCACCUCACCUCCCAAAUUCACUCUCCCUCUCUCAACUCCUAAAAGAAGACUCUAAAAACACAAAUCUGAUCCCAUCCUCAAAUCCAAAAACCAUUGAAUUUCAAUUUCUAUUUCUAUAAUUUCCCAUAUGUAAUGCAUCAGAAGAAAUCAGAAAUCCAAAUCGGAAAAGAAAGCACCGGCAUCUCUUCCGAUUUCUCAACCACGUUAAACCCGCAAUUACUCUUCCUCCACCACUUCCAACAACAGAAUGACCCGAUUACCCCUCCUUCUUCCAGUUCCUCCCCAACUCCUUACAAAAGACCUCUCUUAACGACGACGACCCAUCAUAGCCAAACCCCUCAUCGUUCCAAUUCGCUCUUUAAAUCCCCUACCAUUUACCAUUUUGCUACCACCCAUCAACCCCAAUCUUUCUUUUCUGUCACUACUGCCGUUAAAGCCGCUGCCUUUCGUUUUUUCCGCCGCCGCUUGGCUCGCCUGAAAGUGCACCUACGCUUGAUUCUCUUGCUCUCGCUUCCCUUCUUUUAUUUCUUGGUCUCGCACCCGAGUCAUUCGUUUUUGCUUGAUUUUUUGUCUGCUUUUGCAUUUUCUGCUGCUUUGUUAUUGUCUCUGAAUUUAGCUCUGCCUAGAUUGCCUUCAAUUCGGCUGUUUUUAUCGCGGUCAUUUGCAAUCAAUAAGCUUAGGAAUUCAGCAUCUAGAUCGCCUAUACCGGUGUUCUGGUCAAUAGGGUCGAGGUCGAAACCAGAGAAAAGGGCGACUUCUGGCUGCUUUGUUCAGGUUUAUAGUAACGGGGAUGUCUAUGAAGGUGAAUUUCACAAGGGAAAGUUUUCAGGAAGCGGGGUUUAUUAUUAUUAUAUGAGUGGAAGAUAUGAAGGUGAUUGGGUUGAUGGGAAAUAUGAUGGCUAUGGAGUGGAAACUUGGGCUAGAGGGAGUCGAUAUCGAGGGCAAUAUAGGCAAGGACUCAGACAUGGAUUUGGUGUGUAUAGGUUUUAUACCGGAGAUGUUUAUGCUGGUGAAUGGUCUAAUGGACAAACUCAUGGCUGUGGAGUUCAUACUUGUGAGGAUGGGAGUCGGUAUGUUGGUGAAUUCAAGUGGGGUGUCAAGCACGGGCUUGGGCAUUACCAUUUCAGGAAUGGGGAUACAUAUGCUGGAGAAUAUUUCGCAGACAAGAUGCAUGGAUUUGGUGUCUAUCAUUUUGCAAAUGGGCAUCGGUACGAGGGAGCCUGGCAUGAGGGUAGAAGGCAAGGCCUUGGAAUGUACACAUUCAGAAAUGGGGAGACUCAGUCUGGUCACUGGCAAAAUGGAAUUCAUGAUGUCCCGAGCACGCAGAACACCUCUUAUCCUGUAUCUCCUGUUGCUGUUUAUCAUUCCAAAGUGCUCAAUGCAGUGCAGGAAGCACGUACAGCAUCAGAAAAGGCCUAUGAUGUUGCAAAAGUUGAUGAAAGGGUAAAUAGGGCAGUAGCGGCAGCUAACAGAGCAGCUAAUGCAGCUAGAGUGGCAGCAGUUAAGGCUGUUCAGAAACAAAUGCAUCGCAAUAAUAACAACGGUAACAUUCCAAUUGUGUGAGACUUUCCAUACAGAAUGAUUUAGGCAAAUUAACAAAACUGCAGCAAGAGGCUAACAGCUUUGCGGUUCCUUUUCAAUAACUUCAUAGCUUGUACAGCCAUCUUCUCUUCAGCCUAUUCUUUCUUUGAGAGGCUGCAACCCGAGAUUCAAACAUGGGUUCCAUGUGUGAAUAGAGGGAGAUGCAGUGGAGUAGAUUGGUUGGUUUUGUAAAGAGAGUUAAAUGCAUUGUAGAAUAAGAAACUGAUGGUGCCCAGGUGAAACCUGAGCCCAUCUCGAUGUUGUAUGCGAGCUAUGAGCACCUUCAAUGAGAUGUGUAAUCACGUUCCCUUUUCCAUAA